CGGACAGACCGUCAGAAACAGGAGAUAACCGAGAGAAGGAGCGACUCCGGCGACCGACGACAGCCGCUCCGCGAACCGCCGGGCGAAGGACGAGCGGCGGCGAGAUUCCGUCCGCUUUACCCAGACACCGAGGCAUCACCGAACCGAAAAGACGUCAGUGGAUGUGGAGCCGUGUCGGUGAUAAAUAUGUGGUUGCAUUUCUUACUUUCGUGGCCCGAUCGAGACUCCCCACCGGGGCUCCAGACCUGAAAGACAGGAUUUGUCCUCCGACUAUGGCAGACAGGACGGAGUGCAGCGCACAGGACGGAUCUCGGGACGCUUUUUGUGUUGCAGAAGAGGCCACAUGAGGUUGUCAGAGGGCCGCACGCUUGCCUUUUUCGCCGACUCCACCUUCCCACCUCCUCCUGUUCAAAUCUGUGAAGAAACACAAUCUCCGACAGGGGAGGGGGACUGAUCUCUGCAGCGAGGACUGAACCGAGAGGGAGAAGCGUGAGGGACGCGGUUCAGCUUUGCUGUCUUCUCCCCACCGUCCCCCAAGCGGUGGGGAACGAUCACAGGCAUUUCCUGAAGGAUAAGAAGACGCGUUUAAGGGAAAUACCUUUGCCCUUCGUGGAUCUUCAGCAUUUUUUAAUUCGUCAAAAAUAUGGCCGAUAAUGUCCUGGAGUCCGGCCCGCCUUCAGCCAAGAGGCCCAAGCUGUCGUCCCCAGCCCUGUCUGCGAGUGAUGGAAACGAUUUUGGGCCACUCUUUGACCUGGAGCACGACCUCCCAGAUGAACUUAUCAGUUCUCCGGAUCUGGGGCUGAUCAACGGAGGGGAUGCCAGCCAGCUCCACACCACUCUUGGAGGGAUCGGCGGAGGCCAAGAUGCAGCUGCAAAACACAAACAGUUGUCUGAACUUUUACGAGCUGGUGCUCCGGGACAGCAGGGAGGGCUGCCUUCCAACAGCGCAGCCGGGGCUUCCAUGGGGAUGAUGGGAGGGGUCGGGGUCUCACCUGGUGGGCCGCAGGGCAUGCCCUGCCAGGGCCAGCAGCCGCAGCCUGGACUGAUGCAGCAGGUUGGCAUGGUCGGAGGGGUGGCGGCACUCAACCGGGCCGCUGCCAUGAUGGGCGCCCAGAAGGGGAACGCUGGGCCGCAGCAGCAGGGGCUGAUGGGGGGGCAGGUGAUGAAUGGCUCGCCGAGGAUGGGCUACCCAGGCAGCGCCGGAAUGGGCAGCAAUAGUAACCUGUUGGCGGAUUCCCUACAGCAGCAUGGUCCUCAGCAAAUGGGGCCUGGAGGCCAGACAGGGAUGAGACCACAGCAGCCUGGCUCAAUGAACAAGAUGAAUAUGAUGGCCAAUGCGGGCCCCUAUGGUGGUCCCUACGGCCAGUCUGCUGGCCAGGGUCUGCCUGGAGCAGGGCUGGGCCCACAGCUCCAGAACAAAGCGGGUCUGACUGCUAAUAUGGCCAGCCAGUUCAACCUGGACAAGAAGACCCCGCCGGGUCAAGGCAUGCCUGGGAUGGCCUCUCAGCAGCAGCCUGGAGUCGUUGGAGGGGUGUCGGUCAGUGGACCAGCAGGAGUGGGAGGCGCCCAGGUCGGGCUCGGUGCCGUCGGGGCCGGUCCCGGUGCAGCUCCACCUACCGCAGACCCCGAGAAGCGGAAGCUGAUCCAACAGCAACUGGUCCUCCUGCUCCACGCGCACAAGUGCCAGCGGAGGGAGCAGGCCAACGGAGAAGUGCGCCACUGCAACCUGCCCCACUGUCGCACCAUGAAGAAUGUGCUCAACCACAUGACUCAUUGCCAGGCGGGCAAGUCCUGCCAGGUCGCACACUGUGCCUCAUCCAGACAGAUCAUCUCUCAUUGGAAGAACUGCACACGACACGACUGUCCUGUGUGUCUGCCCCUGAAAAACGCUGGAGAUAAGCGCAACCAGCAAUCUCUUGUAAACAGUGCUGCGGUGGGUUUGGUGAAUGCUUUAGGUUCAGCUGUGCCCGGUGGACAGUCCAACACUCCAAACCUGAACCCUUCCAACCAGAUCGACCCCACCUCCAUCGAGCGCGCCUACGCUGCACUGGGACUCACUUACCAGGGAAACCAGAUGCCCCAGCAGCCGCCACAGGCCAACAUGCCCACCCAGGGUCUGCAGGGGCAGCCUGGGAUGAGGCCUCUCACCAUGGGAGGAAAUUCCAUGGGAGUGAAUGGAGGAGUAGGAGUGCAGCCUCCCAACCAGCAGUCCAGCCUGCUGCCAGACGCCAUGUUGCACAACAGCAUGAAUGCACAGAGUUUGAUGAAUGAUGCUGUAGGAAACCUGGGCUCCAUGCCCACAGCGACUCCUCCUUCAACUGGAGGCAUGAGGAAGUCAUGGCAUGACGACAUCACGCAGGACCUCCGCAACCACCUGGUCCAUAAGCUUGUGCAGGCCAUCUUCCCCACUCCUGACCCAGCUGCACUGAAGGACCGGCGGAUGGAGAACCUGGUGGCUUAUGCCCGAAAAGUAGAGGGCGACAUGUAUGAGUCAGCCAACAGUAGGGCGGAGUACUACCACUUGUUGGCAGAGAAGAUCUACAAGAUCCAGAAAGAGCUGGAGGAGAAGAGGCGGACGCGGCUGCAGAAGCAGGGCAUGAUGCCUGGCCAACCUGGCAUACCCCCUUCAGGCCUCCCCCAGGGGCCUCCCAGCAUGGGGCAGCCGCCCAUGGCCCCAGGGCAGCCCCCAAAUGGGCCUCAUGCUGAUCAAUCUAUGGUCCGACCAUCUGGACCUGGUCAGAUGGUCAACCGGAUGCAGAACCCAGCAGGAAUGAACCAGUUCGGUCAUGUGGGGAUGCAGUCGAUGGGUCAGAGGUCAACGCCUCCUCUUCCCCUUAAUUCUCCAAUGAAUCAGAUGGGUAUGGGAGCGCCGAGGAUGGGUCAACCCAACGCCUCACAAUUACAGAACCAGUACCUCCCUGCCAGCCAGUUUCCUGGGUCAGGUCCUGGACUCGGUUCUGGUCCUGUUGGCAUUAAUCAGCCAGUAACGCAGACUGCUGUGCCACCGCAGAACCAGAUAUCAACGCCACCUUCCCUCCCAGCCAGCAGCCCUGCACCACAGUCUGCCUCUGCAGCUCCAGGCUCUGGAAUCCCUGGAAGCUCCAUGGGGCCUGGUAGUGCCGGUGGCGGCACACCACUGCCCAGCCUUCCUUCAUCAUCCUCAUCCACUCAGCCCAACUCCUACCCUCACUGUCCUCCCAUUCGAACAAACUCCCCCUCACCAGCACGCAGCUUAACGCCUCAGCCCCACCAGACACCUCCCACGUUACCUGGUUCCCAGACCCCACAGCCUCACACCCCCAGCACCCCUCAGCUGCCCCCUCCACAGCACAACCAACAACAUCAAGCUCCACAGCAGCAGCAGCAGCUGCCGCCACCAGGGGCGCAGGUGAUGAACUCAGAGAAGCCUGUUCAGCAUCCGCAGCAGCCGCUUGGGGCGGUCCCUUCUUCAGGCCCCCAAGCAGCUUCCUCAGUGCCUACCCAGAAUGCCCAUGUAUCAUUACAGCUGCCUCAGACACCACUAUCUUCAAAACCUUCUCAGACAGAAGAUGGGCAGGUGUCUUCCCCAGCCUCGGUCAACAGCAGCGCUGCUCCGGGGUCCCAGCUCACGCCGGCAGACGGCCCUAUUCCCAGCCAUGAGGACAUCAAAGUGGAGGUGAAGAAGCAGGAAGAAGACGAGGAUGAAGCUGCAGAGGGGAAGGGAAAGUUAGGGAAGGGGCAGCCAGAUGUGAAGAUGGAGGAGAAACCAGAGAUAAAGAAAGAGAAGCUGUCAGGAGAAGGAUGUAAGGUCGAGCCCAUGGACACAUCUUCAUCCUCUGUCUCAUCGUCACUAACAACAGAUGAAGACAGAAAGCCAGAGGUGAAGAAGGAGCCAAAAGAGGAAGAGGAGUGUUCAGGGUCCGCGGCCACAGGCAGCUCCCCAGCUAGCACCCAGAGCAAGAAGAAAAUCUUUAAGCCGGAGGAGCUGCGUCAGGCUCUGAUGCCCACUCUGGAGGCUUUAUACCGGCAGGACCCUGAGUCCCUUCCUUUCCGUCAGCCGGUGGACCCCCAGUUACUGGGAAUACCCGUACGUAUUCGAACUAGUAACAAAACUAACCUGGACUACUUUGACAUUGUGAAGAACCCCAUGGACCUGUCGACCAUCAAGCGGAAGCUGGACACGGGCCAGUACCAGGAGCCGUGGCAGUACGUGGAGGAUAUCUGGCUGAUGUUCAACAACGCCUGGCUGUACAAUCGCAAGACGUCCCGCGUCUACAAGUACUGCUCCAAGCUGGCGGAGGUGUUCGAGUCGGAGAUCGACCCUGUUAUGCAGGGCCUGGGAUACUGUUGUGGGAGGAAGUACGAGUUUUCCCCCCAAAUUCUUUGCUGCUAUGGAAAACAAUUAUGCACCAUCCAACGUGACGCUGCUUACUUUAGCUACCAGAACAGUUCACCAAAAUAUGGGCUUCUUGCUGACAGGUACCACUUCUGUGAGAAGUGUUUCAACGAAAUCCAGAGCGAGAGCGUUUCCCUGGGAGACGACCCCUCCCAGCCUCAGACGUCCAUCAACAAAGACCAGUUUCAGCGGAAGAAAAAUGACACCCUUGACCCUGAACUGCUUGUGGAAUGUAUUGACUGCGGUCGUAAAAUGCACCAGAUUUGUGUCCUGCAUAAUGAAACCAUAUGGCCGUCCGGAUUUGUAUGUGAGAACUGCUUGAAAAAGGCAAAUAAGACGCGGAAAGAGAACAAAUAUGCAGCCAAACGGCUUCCUCAGACAAAGUUGGGGAGCUUUUUGGAGACCCGAGUGAACGACUACCUCAAACGGCAGAGCCACCCUGAAUCUGGCGACGUCACAAUACGUGUGGUCCACGUCUCCGACAAGGUGGUUGAGGUCAAGCCGGGCAUGAAGUCCAGGUUUGUGGACAAUGGGGAAAUGUCCGAGUCCUUCCCGUACAGAAUGAAAGCCUUGUUUGCGUUUGAAGACAUCGACGGAGCAGAUGUGUGUUUCUUUGGCAUGCACGUGCAAGAGUACGGCUCGGACUGUCCACCUCCCAAUCAGAGGCGGGUCUACAUCUCCUACCUGGACAGCGUGCACUUCUUCAAGCCUCGACACCUCAGGACGGCGGUCUACCACGAGAUCCUGUUGGGCUACCUGGAGUAUGUGAAGCGGCAGGGGUUUACAACGGGCCAUAUCUGGGCCUGUCCACCCAGUGAAGGGGAUGAUUACAUCUUCCACUGUCACCCCAUGGACCAGAAGAUCCCAAAGCCAAAACGCCUGCAGGAGUGGUACAAGAAGAUGCUGGACAAGGCUGUUGCAGAGCGCAUUGUCCAUGAUUACAAGGACAUCUUCAAGCAGGCAACAGAGGACCGGCUGACCAGUGCCAAGGAGCUGCCGUACUUUGAGGGGGAUUUCUGGCCCAAUGUACUGGAGGAGAGCAUCAAGGAACUGGAGCAGGAGGAAGAGGAGCGGAAGAGGGAGGAGAACAGCACCUCCAACGAGUGCACAGAUGCCACGAAAGGAGACAGCAAGAACGCCAAAAAGAAGAACAAUAAAAAGACGAGCAAGAACAAGAGCAGCUUGAGCCGAGCCAAUAAGAAGAAGCCAGGGAUGCCUAAUGUUUCAAACGACCUUUCGCAGAAACUCUACGCCACCAUGGAGAAACAUAAGGAGGUCUUCUUUGUCAUUCGCCUCAUUGCCGGCCCCACCGCCAACUCGUUGCCUCCCAUCACCGACAUGGACCCCCUGAUGGCUUGUGACCUGAUGGAUGGUCGAGAUGCCUUCCUGACUCUGGCCAGAGACAAGCACCUGGAGUUCAGCUCGUUGAGGAGGUCCAAGUGGAGCUCCAUGUGUAUGCUGGUGGAGCUGCACAACCAGAGCCAGGACCGCUUCGUCUACACCUGCAAUGAGUGUAAACACCACGUGGAGACGCGCUUCCACUGUACUGUAUGCGAGGACUACGACUUGUGCAUCACCUGCUACAACACUAAAGGUCAUGAGCACAAGAUGGACAAACUGGGGCUUGGGCUGGACGACGACAGCAACAACCAGUCGGCAGCGGCGACCCAGAGCCCCGGGGACUCCCGUCGCCUCAGCAUCCAGCGCUGCAUCCAGUCGCUGGUCCACGCGUGUCAGUGCCGCAACGCCAACUGCUCUCUGCCGUCCUGCCAGAAGAUGAAGCGCGUUGUUCAGCACACCAAAGGCUGCAAGCGCAAGACAAAUGGCGGCUGCCCCAUCUGCAAGCAGCUCAUUGCUCUGUGCUGCUACCAUGCCAAACACUGUCAGGAGAACAAAUGUCCCGUCCCGUUCUGUCUAAACAUCAAGCAGAAGCUCCGGCAGCAGCAGCUGCAGCACAGACUCCAGCAGGCUCAGAUGUUGAGGAGAAGAAUGGCCAGCAUGCAGAGGGUGGGGCAGCCAGCAGGGGGGGUCCCAGGAGGAGCUGUGGUAGGACUCCCAUCACCUGGAAACAACUGUACCACGGCGCCCAGUACCCCCACAUCGGGUGGGACCCAACCCCCGACUCCCCAGACGCCAAAUGCCACCAUGCCUCCAGUCCAGCAGCAAGGCAUGGGACCCGGACCUGGAGUUCAGCAGCAACAGCAGCCAGGAGGCCUGCCCUCCCACAGUGGCAUGCCCCCUCAGCACCAACUGCACCACCAGUUCCAGCAGAGGGCCAGUGGAGGGGGAAAUGCUGGGGGGAUGAUGAGUUCUCCCCAACAUCAACAGCAGAUGAUCCCUCAGAUGCCGCCACAGCAAAGUGGAGCAGGGUCCAAUCCUCAACAGCUUCAACAACACCCCAACAGUUUGCCUCCAUAUGCCAACAGACCCCCAGGCUCCUCCCCAGUCCACCAGAGUCCAGGCAAACCCCUCCUUGGAUCUGGAACACCACCUCAGCAGCAGCCUGGCGGCACUGUCAUGGCUGGAGGUGUUGGAGGCCAGCAGCCACCCACUCAGCCCCAGGGCCAGACACCCCAUCCGCAGCAGCAGCCGCCUCCAUCCGGCCCUCCGCCAGCAGCAGUAGAAAUUGCCAUGAAGAUCCAGCAGGUAGCCGAUGCUCAGAGGAAGAUGGCCCUGCAGAGACAAGCAGGCAUGAUGCCUCCUCAUCCUCACCACCAACAAGGGCAGGGCCAACAGAUGGGUGUGGGACACCCAGGGGCAGUUGGGGUGGUGGGACCUCAAGGCAUGUCGCCACAAAACCAAGCCGCAGUGGCAGCUGCUCGGGCCCAUAUGGAUCAGCAGCAAGGCGCUCCUCCAGGGAUGAUGGUGGGGUCUGGGGGGCCCAUGCAGCAGCCCCCGCAGCAGGGUAACAUGCCUCAGGGCCAGCUCCCCCCUCAGAUGCAGCUUCAGCCGCAGAGGAUGGGCGCACCACUUCAAAACCCGCAACAGCAGCAACAGCAGUGGGCUGGCCAGGGUAUGCCCCCCCAGCAGAGGCAAGCUAUGAUGAACCAAAUGGGCCAUCCAGCCAUGAUGGCGGCGCAGCAGCAGCACCAACAGGCUCAGGGCCAUGCUGCCUUGAUGAAUAUUGCACAGCAGCAGCAGCAGCAGCAGCAAGGUGCUGGUGUCCCCGGGGGGGCCGUCCCUGGAGUUACUGGUGUCCCCGGUGUCCCUGGUGGCCUACCUGCUGGUGGGAACAUCCCCCAGGCAGCCCUGCAGGACUUGUUACGGACCCUUCGCUCACCCAGCUCACCUCUCCAGCAACAGCAAGUACUCAACAUCUUGCGCUCCAAUCCACAGCUCAUGGCUGCUUUUAUUAAGCAAAGGGCCUCGAAAUACAAAGGGGUGCAGGGAGGCCCACCUGGACCAGGCGGUGUGCCCGGAGGUCCCGGCCCUGCUGGGGGUCCGGUCGGCAAUGUCAUGGCAGGAGGUGGCCCCCAGGUGAACAUGAAUCCUGCAGGUGCUGGCCAGCCAGGAAUACACAUGGGUGGUCAGGGAGCGUCUAAUGUCAACAUGGCCGCUAUGGCCCAGCUGCAGCAGGCGCAGCAGCAGCAACAGCUGCAGCAGCAGCAGCUACAGCAGCAGCAGCAGCAGCAGCAGCAGCAAAGACCAAUGCUCAGCAAUUUACAGCAGCAAGUGGCUGCUCUACAGCAGCAGCAGCACCAGCAGCAGCAGCAGCAACAAGGGGGAAGCAGAGUUAUGCAGGGGCAGGGGACCCAGCUGGCAAAUCCCCAGUAUAGAGAGAUGCUCAUGAUGCGGCACCUGCAACAACAGCAACAGCAGCAACAGCAACAGCAGCAACAGAUUGGAGUGAACCACGGUCAGUUCCAGCAGCCACAGACGCCACAGGGGCAGGGCUACAUGGGACAGCCCGGGGGGCAGCCUCCCAACGUAGGACAGGGCCCUGCUGGAGGGCCCCCCCACGGCCCCCAGCAUCCUGGUGCCCCCCCAGGCCAGCAGGGGUACCCAGGCAUGGUCACACAGCAGCAGGCCACAGCGGCGCUCCAGCAGCGGCUCCAGCACCAGCACCAGCACCACCUUCAGAUGCAGCAGCAGAACAUGGGCGGUCUGCCAGGGGGGGACGCAGGCCCGGGGGGAGGACCCCAGCAGCCGCCUCCGGUCCCUCAGCCAAGUCAAGGGGGCCCCCCACCCCAGGCUCUGCUCCAGCAGACCUUCCACCAUAAGCUGCUCCAGCAGCAGCAGCAGCAGCAGCAGCAGCAGCAUUUGGGUCCCGGGGGCUCUCCGGCCCAGCACAGCAAUCCCAUGAGCCCCCAGCAGCCGCAGCAGGUGGCGCAGUCCCCCCACCCACACCUGCAGGGCCAGGCGCUGCCCACCUCGCUGGCCAACCAGGUGCGCUCGCCUCAGCCGUCUCCCAGACCUCAGUCGCAGCCGCCGCACUCCAGCCCGUCGCCGCGCAUGCAGCCGCAGCCGUCGCCACAUCACAUCUCCCCCCAGAUGCAGACGGGCUCGCCGCACCCGGGCCACCUGAACCAGCACCACCCGGGGAUGGUGGGCCCUCCCCAGCAGCAGCUGGCGGCCCAGCAGCAGCAGCAACAGAACUCUAUGGAGCAUUUUGGGUCGGACCAGAACGCCAUGCUGUCCCAGCUGAGCGGCAUGGCCGGUCUCCACGGGCCGGGGGGCAACGGUCAGGACCCGCUGGGCCAAAACAUGAACAACCUCUUAAACAUUUAGGAGAGAUGUGUUAAGGUUGAGCUGAAGCUCCGCGAUCCUCUGCACAAACUGCACUCACCCAGGACAGUGUUAUUGUUAUUACUUAGCCUUUCUUUUUAUACUAUUAUUAAAUGUUAUUUAAAAUGUUUUCAAUAAAGAUGCAUUGAACUGAACUUCCUAUGGGAGAUGAACAAUAAAUCAAACAGUAGUUAAUUAAAUUAGAAUAAAUGAAUUGUAAGUUAUUGCUGUUAAUAUAUUUUUUUUGCCAACUGAGGACAGAAGGCGGCUCCUCCAUCGCCUCCACCUCCACCUUCAACAGGAAAUCUGAUAUUUUCAGGGGUUCGCUCGGGGGGAAAUAGAAGUACUUGCCUUUUUUAAGAAAUGUUUUAAGAUUUUAAAAGUAUUAAAGAGGAAAUGGUUUAAUGUUUUUUCCCCCCAUCAUUCAGUCUGUUUGUUUUUUACAGAGUGGUGUGAUGUAAAUCCAAACGGGACGCUUUUCUUCCUUUAAAUGUUGGGGUUGCUUUAUUUAUUUCCUGGGGUGCGGCUUCGCACCCGGACUCUGCUACACGGAUAGAAUCUAUUUUUGUUAUGACUGUUAAUGGGGGGUCAUCGGUGGGAUCGUCCAGUCAGUGUUCAGCGGGUGAGGGACUGCUGCGUUGAACGGACUCCACGUCGGCCGCGCUGGAGGCCGACCGCAUCCCCUCCCUCGAAUGUGUGCGCCCUCCUGUACAGACGCUCGGCGGGCUGCAUACCUGUGUGCCUGUAACAUUUUGACUACGUGGGCUGGGAUCCUUUUACCGGGUUUAUUUUCUAUAGGUUCUACUGUUUGGAGUAAACGGAGGAUUUUGAUCCAAAUGAACUGUGUUGCACAGAGCAGAGGAGACCUGAGCUGUUGUGCCUCCGUUUCUUUCUGCCUCGUCCCCUUUGCUGCUUCCCUCAGACUUUAACCCCCUGAGCUCCAUCCUCUAUCUUUCUGCUAAGAACUUUGGGAGUUUAUUUAAUAUUUUUUACUGUACAAAGGAAACAAACUGUGGACUCAGAUACUGUUUUUAUAAUAAAACAAAAAUUACCAAUA